GUGACCCACUCGUAUAACUGCGGCUACUUAAUGCAAAUUUUAAAAACAACUCGUCUUAGAAAUCACUGGCAGAAGUUAUCUGACAGUAUACAUAUAUGUUUUGCUUUAAAGCAAUAAGUAUUUUUUCUCUGUAACAAUUAUUUUUAUACACUAAAGAUUGUGUAAACUUAACUUAGGGGAAAUAAGAAACUACAUCUGUUUGAUCUGUAAUUGUGCGUAUUUUGAACAUUUGGUUUUGUGAACGUGCAUUCGACAGUGUUCACCUAUUUUUAAAUGCCUUUCAUUUAAAAAAAGUUAUACUUAAGAGGACAUGCAUUCAUAGAUGGAAAACUAGGCAGUGGUCUUCUUACAAAACUAUAAAUACUUAAGGCGACUGUGGAGAUUUUUGAUAACAGAAAAAUCUCAUUACAUUUUAUGUUCUUAAUUUUUUAAUAUAUGCAAUAACGGGAUCCAUUUUAUUUACAAGUGCAAACGCUUAUCACUGCUAAAAUAAAAGUAGCACAUGAGGCCCACUUUCGAAGCAGCUUUGGCAAAAAUGAUAUAUAUUGCUGAGGAGAAAAAAAAAUUGGGCAACGACCAAUAUAAAGCACAAAAUUACCAUGCUGCGCUAAAGCUGUACUCUGAUGCCAUUCAAUUGUGUCCUGAUUUUGCUGCUUACUAUGGCAAUCGCUCCGCCUGUUACAUGAUGCUUUCCAACUAUAUAAAUGCCUUAAGCGAUGCUCGCCAAGCAGUUCGACUAGAUCCGAAGUUCGACAAAGCAUACGCACGCAUUGCUAAAUGCUGUUUAAUAAUGGGCGAUAUGAUCGGCAGCGAGCAAGCUAUUAAAAAGGUGCUCGAAUUAGACUCACAAAGCAAUGCCGUCAAAGUAGAACAACAGGGAAUGCAGCAGUUGCGUCAGCUGGAGAAAACGAUACAAACAAACUACGAUUCUAAGGCAUACCGCAAUGUAGUGUACUAUUUAGACAGUGCGUUGGCUAUUGCUCCAGCUUGCCUUAGAUAUCGCCUGCUCAAAGCUGAAUGCCUUGCAUUUCUUGGUCGCUGUGAUGAGGCAGUUGACAUUGCCGUAAGUGUUAUGAAGUUAGAUACCACUUCUGCGGAUGCCAUAUAUGUUCGCGGCUUGUGUCUUUACUACACCGACAAUCUUGAGAAAGGUAUAUUGCAUUUUGAACGUGCACUUCAGCUUGAUCCUGAUCAUAAAAAGGCUAAAGAGAUGCGAAACAAAAGUAAAGCACUGAAAGAAAUGAAGGAAAAUGGCAACACUCUUUUUAAGUCCGGCCGUUUUCGAGAAGCCCAAACUAUAUAUACAGAGGCCCUAAAAAUUGACGAGUUUAAUAAGGAUAUAAAUUCAAAACUAUUGUACAAUCGAGCUUUGGUAAACUCGAAAAUUGGCUCUUUGCGUGAUGCUAUCGCCGAUUGUACACGUGUUUUGGAAAUAAAUUCUCAGUAUCUGAAAGCUUUGCUUCUUCGUGCGCGUUGUUACAAUGAUCUAGAGAAAUUUGAUGAGUGUGUGAAUGAUUAUGAGGCGGCAUUGCAGUUGCAGAAGACUCCCGAGAUUAAAAAAUUAUUGCGAGAUGCGAAACUUGCCUUAAAGAAGUCUAAGCGUAAAGAUUACUACAAAAUUCUUGGUAUAUCACGCAAUGCGACCGAAGAUGAAAUAAAAAAAGCAUACCGUAAAAAAGCUUUGAUUCAUCACCCUGAUCGCCAUGCUAACAGUAGUGCAGAAGAACGCAAAGAGGAAGAGUUAAAAUUCAAAGAAAUCGGUGAAGCUUAUGCCAUCUUGUCAGACCAACGAAAAAAGGUGCGAUACGACAGUGGCCAAGAUAUAGAGGAACAGGAACAAGAUUUUGAUCCCAAUCAAAUGUUUCGACAUUUCUUCCAGUUUAGUAGUGGAACCGGGCCGGGAGCAUCAUUUGGAUUUGAAUUUUAAAUGCCACGUGGCACAAAAUUAUGAAGACCACAUACAGAAUAUGCAACACAGAAUUUAUUCUCAAUAACGCAUAAAGAAAUCAACCGCAGACGUAUUUGUGCAAACUCAAAUAUAAAAACAGAACUAAAUUGUUAAAUUAUUGUUUCUCGCUAAUUCGAAAAAAUGUGUGGAAAAUAAAAUUAUUAGCAUUUUAAAAAUUUAAAAAA